AUGUGCAAUAAUCUUGACGAAUUAUUUCACGGUUUUUUCCGCGGACUAGAGGUUGAAGGAGUGAGUAAACCUUGGCACAUUUUUUCCGAGAAAUGGGCCCAAAAUGAAAUUGCCGAUUAUUUCGGCAUACAUCAACAUUCCUAUCUCGACGACGACCGGUAUUGUUACCUGCUCGUAACAAUCGAUCGGAUUCGUGACAGUCAAGGAAUUGCAAGUCCACUCGAAGAUCUUCAUCUCGACGAGGCUGUCGUCAAAAACAUUGGUUCUAUGGAUGAUUCCGAAUUUCAGAUUAAUUUCGGCUCGCACUAUAUCGACUCUUACUCCACUGGAAACUCGGUUUAUCAGAUCUUAGUUUUUGAAAAACAUUUCUACGAAAUCUUCAAUUCUACAUCGGAAGACUCAAAAUUGCAAUAUGUAAUUGAUUUGGCGACAAAACACGCAAAUGUUUUGUAUUAUGGAACUAUAAAGACAUCGAGCGGGAACCGCACGGUUGAGGCUUGGGCAAAUGAAAACUCAUAUAUCGAAAAAAAUACUCAUGCUUAUGCGUCUCUUUUUGAUCUCGUCAAUGAUGACGAAUCGAAAUCUCGAUACCUGUAUGCGCUUCUCGGAGAUGAAGUUAUGAUGCAACUGAAACUUCGAUCUGUGGUAUCACCUUUGGAAGUGCUGAGAAAAAAAGUGCCUUAAAGGAAAAAUUGGAAAUAAAUAAGAAGAAAAAUAA